AUUACUUCCGGAACGAAAUGAAAAUAAACAAUCACACGAAUUUGAUUUCCGCGUAAAAGUAAAAGAUGGGAUGUUUAAAUACAGAUGACACUUUUAUCAGUCCAUGUGUAAAAUACACAUUAUUUUUCUGGAAUUUCUUAUGUUGGAUGAUAGGUGGUGUUUUUAUAGGAGCAGGAAUAUGGGCUUUCAUAGAAAAGAAUAAAUAUCAUGGAAUAACAAGUCUGGAUGAUGCCUUAGAAAACGUUUCUUUUGCUUUUGUAGCGUUAAUUCUAAUCGGAAUAACAAUAUUCAUAGUAUCCUUGUGUGGUUGUAUCGGUGCCUUAAGAGAAAAUGUUUUGCUUUUAAAAAUUUAUUAUUAUAUUAUGAUCAUCAUAUUUUUGUUCUUGAUUGGCCUUGCUGUAGCUACAUUUGUUUUGAAAGACAAAGUAAAUGAUUUCCUGAAACACCAAGUACUGAAAGACAGUUUGAUUACUAAAUACCAGGAUGAUAGAGAUGAUCAGGCAGUCAUUGACUGGGUUCAAGAAAAGCUUGAAUGCUGUGGAGUAGAGUCAUACAAAGAUUGGAAUAAAAAUCAAUAUUACAACUGCUCCAGUUCAUUGCUGACUAAUUCACUCCGCUGCAGUGUACCACACUCAUGUUGCAGAGUACAAGAUACUUAUAAGUCUGGUAUGACUAAUAUUUUGUGUGGAAGAAAUGUCUUGAAUUCAGCAGGAGAUCUUUCACUGAUAUACACUCAGGGAUGUGUGGACGCCAUUUUAUCUCUGGUCUUUUCUCCCAACAAUUUACCAAUAGUUGGAGGUGUAUGUAUUGGAAUUCUUCUGCCAAUGAUUUUUGGAAUAUGCUUAUCAAGAGCAUUGGAAGGGCAGAUUAUGGAUCAAAAAGCCAGAUGGAAUUUACCCAACUAAUUAGUUGGAAUAUUCCUAGCAAGAAUGCUUGAAGGACAGAUACUGGACCAGAAGGAAAGAUGGAUAAGAUAUCAGGGAUAGGAAGUUACACUGGUUCAUUUAUUGAAAAGGAGUUUGAAUUAUAAUUUGUUAUCAUAUAUCACAUUUUAUACGUUAUUUGUUUAUAUAUAUCAUUUGUAUAUUGUAUUUGUAGUUAUAAGAUUUUUGUCAUCUGUCAUUUCCUGUGACAAAACAAAAUGUGCCUGUCAUGAACUUGCCAAAUGAUAUUAAGAAGUGAAUCUUGCCAGAUAAGUUUUGACUCUGCAUAAAUUAUAAAUUUGUGUGGAAUUUUUUACAAAACAAAACUCAAAAGUAUUGUAUUAUAUAAAUUUGAUGGAUGAUAAGUCUUGAAAAGGCUAUAAAUUGUAAUAGUGGUCUAUAUAAAAUUAUGACCAUGACCCUGAAAAGUUGAUUAUUAAUUGUUAUCAUUAUUAGUUAUUGGUUAAUCAAAGACUAUUGUGAUGUUUGAUGGCAUUUUUGGAACUUACCAAUCCAGCAAUCUUGGACAUAUGGUUUGUGAGUUGCUCCAAUGGUAUUGUCUUCUUCAAAUUGUGGGAUUUGAUGGUACAAGUGAAUAUGAGUCUCCAUGUCAUAGUGACUUUGAUUUAAUCAUGUAAAUACUUAUUAUACAUCAGUACAGGAAUUGGUGCGUAUGUACUGCAAAGUCUGCUCAAUUGCUUUUCUUUAAUUCUAUUUACAUUUUACUCAACUUCUAAUGUAAGAAAAUAUGAAGAAUUUGAGUUAGAAUUAUGUUGUGUUGUUCAGAGUAAGUUAUUUUUAUGUUUGCUUGUAAUCUACUUCCUGUUUGAUGAUACUUGAUAAUACUUUAUUUUUUUAUGUACACUGACUGGGUAACUAUUUUUACUUGUUACACUUUUUUCAGCUUCUAGUCUUUUACAUUGCAUUAAGGAAUCUUAAGAUAUUUGGUCAGGAACUUCCCAUUAUUGAGUUAAACUUUUGUAAGUGAUUUUCAGACCUGCCAGACAGGCACUUUUUCCUAAAAACUUUAUCUUAAUUUGUUUAUAUAUUUAAUUCCUGUUGUUUUUUAUAAGUCUCAAAUUUAUUUUCCAUUGAAUUGAAUACAUUCUUAUUUAUUUUUACACAUUUUAUAUAUAUUUGAUAUACUAUAUAAGUAGUCAUUUCUGCACAAUACUAGUCUUGUAUAUUAGUCAUGUUCAUAGAUUUAUUAUACCUUGUGUUAUCUGUUUAAUCUAAAUGUAUAUUGGUGAGGGGUAUAAAGGAGGGUAUCUGCAAGAAAGAACACAAAAUAAAAUUGCCAUUUCAAGAUGAAUGAACAAUUAAAUUUCUUGCAUGUUGAUCUUUUAACCUAUUUCAUGAAAUACGGUGAAUAACAAACCUUUUUGAAGGCUGCACGUGAAAUAAAAAUGUCAAAACACUUUGCACCUGCACGAAAUAACCCUUUACCAUUCUCAUUGGUAGGAAAGAUUCCUUAAAAGAGAUUUUAGAAAAUUUUAAAAUUUAGUUGUUUUUUUUUUAACGCAUAAAAUGUGGUAACUGUCUUACAUUUAACAAAUCAUAAUUAAUUGAAUGAUAAGGGGGAAAGAAGUGCCUUAUAAGUGCGUCUGGCACAAAUAUAAAAUUUAACUUGUGGUAUCUAUAAUAAGUUAAUUUAUAUGUUUUUAGCAUCCAAUAUGAAGAGUCAAAUAAUUUAACUGUGUUUUUUUCCUUCAAUUAUUAUGCUUCGGAUGUUUGUUCUUUAAUUCAUCACAGGAAUUUUUCUAUUGGUAGAAUUUCUAUGAUUAUAGCUCAUAUAGAAUAGAAGAGGCGCAUUAUGUUUGUUUGUGUCUGUGCGUCUGUUUGUCGUUCUGUCCCUCCCUUUUCAGAUUAAAAAAAUUCCAAUUAACAUUCCACAACAAUUUUUUUUCUCUAUUUUAAGGGUUUAAACUGGUUUGAACCAUUUAAAUGUUCUUUUUUGACGUGCAACAAAUUGUUUAAAUUGUUGCAUGUGAUUUCAUUCUGAAUCUUUUCAGAACACUGCACACAAAGUUUUGAAUUGAAUUAUUACAGAAUUGGGUGUUACCAUAUACAUGUAUUAAGGAUUUCUUAGUACUAUACAUUUCUUUACUUUUUAAAAUGCUUAGGAAAUUUUGCAACAUGAAACUUGAAUAUUUUAGAAUCUCAGGUUGCUAAAUAUCAAAUUCAAUGUGGUAUUGUGGUAGAAGUGUUAUAUAUUUAUUGCAAACAUUUUUCUUAAAUAUUAAUGAAUAUCACUGUAUAGAUGUACUGCUGACAGAUUUACCAAGCUGAGAUUAAUGUACAUACCUACACAAUACAUCACAUUGAAGUUAAGUGUUUUUUUAAAGGAAGUUUCAAACUUUUAUUCAUUCCUUAUGUGUUGUCUUUAGUGCCAUUUUUAUUUUAUCUUUAUUGUAAAUCUCAGUUUUUGUAUAGCGUUUAUAUGUAACAUAUCUUCAUUUUUUGAAAGAGAAAUAUAAAGGUGCAGGAUUAUCUUAUUCUUUAUCAUAAAUGAUAAAAUGUUUUUCCCCCCAUCUUCUCAGAGAGUUAUGAUCCUUUUGCCCAUAGAUUUGCAUCAAUUUAGCAUUUUUAAUAAAUAUUUAAUAUGCUUGUUAUAUUUGCCACUGGACAUUAGGCAAAAGGCUAAAAAUCAGAUAUGUUUUAACUAUAUAUUGAGUUUAUAUAAUGACAAAAUUUGGCUUUAUUUUGUCAGUUAUUUCACGAGGAAUAAAACACACAUUUUUUUUCAAUAAGAAACAUUGAAGGGUACCAAGCAUAAAUAUACAUGUGACAUAAAUAUUUACUUCUUUUGCCAAAUUUUUCUAGUCUUUUGAAAGUCUUCCAUUGUGUUUUAUACUUUUACAUAUUUUUUGUGUAAAAAGUGCAAUUUAAAAAAAAUAUUCAACAACAUAAGAAUUACGUAUUGCCUUGUAACAAGAAUUUCUAAAAGCCACAAGUUCUCAAAGAAAAAACCACACACAAACAUAUUUCCAGAAUCAGCAAUAAUUGGUCUCCAAAAAAGGAAUUAAUCUUGAUUUAUACUUUAUAAUAUAUAAAUUUGCACACCUUUAGAUUAAAUUCUGUUUUUGAGACUAAACAAAUAUUUUGAUAUUUUUUUCCCAAACUUUUUAUCCUAAGAGUUUGUACAGUAGAAUAUACAUAGGUGGUACAGUUAUUUACAGAUACUUCCUUAAAUACUCAUUUUCUGAGAUUUUUAUAUUGAUCUGUAGUUGAGACAUUUAGAUGUAAGUUUUUUUUUAUUGAAAUGUUAAUUUAAAUGUACUUGAUAAUUUUAAUAUUCCUGUCUGUUUAUUAUUUUUAAAAUAAGCUACAUAUAUAUAUAUAUAUAUAUAAUGUAAUUAAUUUAUACUACAAAAAUUUGGACCAAUGUUAUGUCAUUUUUUUGUCAUUUACAUAAAAUUAACUUUGUCAUUUAAAUAUUCAAGUUUAAUAAGAGAAAAAUAUAUUUUCAGUAUUGAUAUUGUAUUGAAGAAAUAAGUGUCUGGAUGGUAGGUUCUUCAUUUCUGUUUAUUUUGAUAAUGUUGUUCAUUUUUCUUUAUAACUUUUCCCCAUUAUUCUCUAUUCUUUACAUUUUGGCACUCUAUUAUUCUCUAAGCUUUUUGGUUUUUUUCUGUACAUUUGACACAUUUUUUUUUGUAUUCUGUAAACCCCAUCCAGACCCUCACAAUCAUGUUGGCCUAAUAUUUCUUACUGUUUUUAAGUCAUUGGGCUGCUGUCUCAUUGAACUAUUAUUAUACCUCAUAAUCUUAACAGUAUUGUUAAGAUCAAUAUUUUUAGAAAGAAAAUGUCAUUUGUUUUUUGUCUUACUGUACAAUACUUAUUACUAAAAAAGAAUCUCAAACCCAUCUACAUAUAUAUAAAAUAUCAAAAAUAUAAACUCCAGAAUCUGCACAAUGUAAAAUAACAUAUCUCAAAUAUUAUGUUCAUCAUAUAAAUUUACUGAUUAGUAUAGAUUUCAAUUUUCAAGAUAAAAAAAGAACAAAUUCUCUGUCUGAGAACUAUUCAAUGAACUUAAUUUAUUUAAAUCACACCCCCUUCCCCAAUAAAUAACAUUUUAUGUCAGAAAGAAACCAACAAAGAUACAAAAUACAAUUGAAUGAAAUCAACCUUAGAAUUGUUGAACAGUUUGUAUAAAAGAUAUUACUCUUUUUAGAGCUUGUUACAUUUUUGGCAAUGUAAGUUUUUUCAUGUUUAUAUAUUGUUACAAUUUGUAAUCUACAUUUAAAACAGAGGAGAAUAUUUUUAGAAAAAUAAAAUGGUUUUUUGGUA